UCCUUGGGUCGCUUGCUGCUUGUUUUUGUUAGCUAACAGUGCUAGUUCUCCGUUAUAUCUAUUAUAUAAUCUUUAGCUUUUUUACGUGCAGUACGUUGUUUGCUUGACAUUGACGAGUGCAAUACCAUUAACAUGCUUAUAUUAUUUACAGAGACCUUUGUAAGCGGUUUAUAUUUUGAUAACGUAGCCGCUGUAAUGACCAUUAGCUCUCUAAUGUGCUAACAGGACAACAAAGCUAACACAAAAGAGGUCAUCAUGUUAUUCAAAUGCUGCUCGACAUUUACAUAAGAUAGCUGGAGGAUUAGCGUCAACAUUCCAAACUGUGAGCACAAAGCUUUCGGGAAGACGGGCACCGGGAGAACAGCAUGGACCUCCACAAAAUCAUCCACAGUGCCCUGCACGAAUUUAUCCAGACGUACAUUCCCGAUGCAGAUCUCAGCACACUGGAUGAUGUUCUUCUGUCAUACAUCACUGGGGUCCUGGAGGACCUGGGGUCCCAGCAAAGCGUUGAGGAGAAUUUUGAUGUGGAGGUCUUUGGAGAAAUGCUGGAAGCCUACAUACCCGGGUUUGCCGAAAUAGACAGUGUCAAAGUCUGUGAAAUGAUGUUCAGUCUGGCUUCAAAACUGGCCACUGCUCGGACAUCGGAAAACAGUGUGCCUAAGACAGGGACAGAAGAGGUUUCUUUGAAACUCAAUGCCCUGACCAGUCAGCCAGAACCAGGACAAGAACCUCCGUGCCUUAAGCCACAGACAGAGGGCGCUACAGCCAAGCUGUCAGCAUCUGAGUGGGAGUCCCAAGAGCAGCACCUCCUGGAGAUGUUCCCAAAGUGCAGUUUGUCCGAAGCUCGCAGCGCUCUUUCCAUCGCCAAAGGAGACAUGGAGGAAGCAGUGCGCCUUAUCAUAGAGGGGGACGUCCAGCUCAGCCCCACUCCUAUUAAUGUAAACCAAGGGAAGAGCAUUUCCUCACUUGCUGACCAGAAACUUAAAGAGAGCAUCCUAGAGAAGUACAUGCUAGUGGACAGUGAGGAAGAUAACAAAACCCAUCGACCCGUUGCUCCCAAAGACGCUCCAAAGAAGCUUGUUCGCUACCACGGUAACCAGGUGGUGACAACAAAAGGAGAGCGAUAUCAACUUGUGAAGAAAAACGAGACAGACGACAUGAAGAAGACCUACGUCAACCUGAAACCGGCCCGAAAGUACAGGUUCCAUUGAUGACGAGCACAGCACUGUAAGAGCAGAUAGUGACAGCAUUGUUUACACUACUUCUUCUUUAUCCAAGUCCUUCAACCAAAACUUGAUUUAUUCCCUCAAACCCCCAAGUAUUAGGAAGCAUUCUUCAGUGUGGCAGUGGCUUAUUUUUAAAAUGUUACUAACCAUCAUGCCUUGGAUUAAGCCGUUGUUUUUUAAGUUGCACCGAUGUUGUUUUUCAUCUUUUUUGUCUCUUUUUUUAAGUCGGUCUGUUGUGUUCUUGUUUGUGUAACAAACAGCCUAUCUGAUUUGUUUUGGCCACCUCAGCAGGUCUGAUGUCGCACUGACAGCUCUUUUUCUUUCUUCUUUUUUUGGGAAAAUGUGGAUCCAUGAUUAUAACAUUAACUUGUGAACAUUUCUUUCAUCAUCUUUGUAAAUAAGUGGUGCUGUUGAAGUUUGUUCUGAACAUUACAGGUCUUAGUGUAUUUUUUCCUUAAGUUUUCAUCAAGAUUUUGUUGAAGCCUUGAGGUUAAACGCAGUUUGCGCUGCCCCAAAACUUUAUUACAUCUGACAGAUUCACACAGAUUAAUUUAUUUCUUGCACUGUUCCACACUGUAGAACAAAUAUUUAAAAAAAUGUCUUUCUUGUAGGAAUUUAGGGUUUACUAGAAAGCAAAAUUAAUACCUAAGUUUGCUGCACAGUAAAUACAUUUUUCUAGAGAUGGAUGUGCUAUAACACCUUUUUGUGUAGAAUACCAGAAUAGAGGAUUGUGGGUAUCCCCCAAAUAGUGAAAUAUGAACCUGAUGGGCCUCGUUUUAAAGUCCAGAAUAUUUAUUUUUGAUAUAUAAGUGGUUCGAUAUGCAGAAUCUUAAAUCCAUUGCAUCUAAGUUUCCAAAAAAUGUUGGCUGACUGCAUAAGAUGUGCAGGAUAAUGAUUUGCAAACGUGCCCUAAGCAUUUUAUAUACUUUAAAACAGAAAUUACAUAUUUGAUAUCCAUAUUUAAUUUAAAUAAUCUUUAUUGUUUCUUUUUUUUCUUCUUAUUUUUUAGAUAAUAUGUAAUUGUGAAAAACAAAACACCCAUUGAAUUUUUAGUCCUUUCCGACAGAGUGUUCAAAUACUGGAACUUGGAAAUUCCCCCUAAUUGCUAGUCUUAGCCCUGUUGACUAAAAUAACUUCAGUGAGCUGCUACAUUGGUCUGUGGAAGGUUUUCUCCAUUCCUGACUUUCUCUCUGGCAAAAAUGUAGUCUCCUUUGGUCUUUGUGUGCACACUACAAGCUUAAGUGUUAUCAGAUUUUCUUAGCCUCAAGCACACAGUUAAUGAUCCAUCCAUUUUCUUUACACCCUUGUCCCCAGUGGGUCAGGAGGGUUUCUGGUUCCUGUCUCCAGCAAGACAUUUACUGACCCUGGACAGGUUGUAAAUCCAUUGCAGGGCAACACAGAGAGACAGGACAAACAACCAUGCACACACACACACACAUGCACACUUAAGGAAAAUUUAGAGACCAGUUAAUCUGGACUGUGGGAGGAACCUGGAGAGAACCCACACAUGCACAGGGAGAACAUGCAAACUCCUUGCAGAAAGAACCUGGGCUGGGAAUUGAACCCAGGACCUUCUUACUGCAAGGUCCUGGUGGAUAUAGGAUUAUUAACUAUAUCUACUAUAGUGAAUAAUCAUAACUGAUAAUUCUGCAUGUGUUGUAUAAAGGAAAUUGCUAUGUGAAAGUGAUCCAUGUUUGUUUUGGGCAAUUUUUAACUGCUGCUUUUAUUAUUUACUUAGAAAUUGCUACAAAGAGGGAGAAUUAUUUAUGCUUGUAGAUUUGAACAAAAAUUUAAACUGUAGAUCCAAAAACGAUGCACAUAAAAAUGUUAAGACAUUUUAGGUAAUUCUAAAUUGAGGGAAGGGUGUUGGUAGUUUAAAGUAAAACAAAAAUAAUCUACUCCAAACAUCUAGUUGUUGGCCUCUAAGCAGUUUUAUGUUCAAGAGAAUGUAAAACAGAUCUGCACAUUGGGGAUUCUACAGGGUUUGCAAAUCAUCAUUUUAGUUCUCUUUCUUUGCAACGUUUUGGAAACUGGAUUGCAUUAAUGAGGAUUUAAGGUUGUGUGCUUUCAGGUAAACAUAAUACUGCUGUGGUUCUCAUCUCAUUUGUGUUUGUAUGUGAAUUUUGCUUCACCCGAGACUGUUGUAAAAAAUGAGUGAUCUCUUUUAUUCUUUAGUUGUACAUUUAGGACAAAUAAGCUGACCCAAUUUUCUUUUCCAGGAUUUAGUAUUUAUAUUCCGCUCCUAUUUGUUGUAAGUAAUAUGCAGCUAUUUGAAACCUGUGAUAUAUUGUUUCCCUGAAUGUAGUUUAACAGAACUGGGUUUUCAGGUGAUGUGAUGUUAUAUUUAUCAUGCAAUGGUAUUAUGUAAAGCAUGGAGCGGACUUAUCUGAAACUGUUCACUAAUUUUCUUUUUCUCCUUUUCUACCAUGGCUUCAAAAAUCUCCUGGUAAUUUAUAGUAAAUACAUUUUGUAGAGUACCAUAUGCUUCCUGUUUAGGUUCUCACAGAACUCAAUGCAAGUUAUUUAGGUCAAUCAGAAUGGACCAUUUCAGUCUACAUAUUGCCAUCUGACAGGGUUCGGUUCAUAUGUAGUCUUGGAAAGUGUGGAUUUUGCGUUUUCAUUUUCA